UUUAUAUUCGAGCCACUCCGUGCAUAAAGUUUGGAAAGUUUUCAGAGGAAUAGUUAUGUCAUAAUGGAUAUAUUUCAACCGUUCAACUAUGUAUACAAAAACUAGAUGACACGCAUAAAUAAGACGAAGAUGAAAGAAGAUAGGAUUUUGUGGAUUUUUUAUCUGUUGGCGCUGUGUAUGGGUCAAGUAUGUGGUCAGACGGCUGUAAAAAGUAGGAUUUCAACAUCAGCUACAUUACGUUUUAAUGUCUCCAGAAUUCCAUCUAAUGAUCUCAUGAAUUUGAACCAUCCGACUGGAAAUGUUGUUUUCCUUAUACUCUCAUCAGGAGGAAAACUUACUUCAUCACAGCCACGUGAAUCAGUAUACAUGAAUCGAACUAGAAAUGCCAUCUUUCAAUCUCAGAUUUUUUCAUUUAUUCUUGAUAAUAUUGUCAAACAAGAUGGUGGAUUGUAUACAUGUCAAUAUGGUAUUUGCGAACAAAAACUAAUAGUUCUUGAUCGACCCAGUAAACCAAAUAUAAUAGCAAUAACACCAUUUAUUGCUUUUGAAGAAAGCGAGUUUAACUGUUCUGCAACAUCAACCACUUUACCAAAAGAUCAUGGCUUAACCAUGAAAUACGUCUGGGAAAAAAACAACCAGAUUUUACCAGAGACUGGACAUUUAUUUAUUUUACCAAUUGAUAAAAGUAAUCAGGGGGACAUAAUUAGAUGCAAGGCUUAUGAAGAAUAUGAUUUGCAAUCAGAAAUUAGUGAUGGUAUUAAUAUAAAUGUUAAAUUUAGCCCUGAAAAAAUUAAUAUAAAACCAGAAGGAGUAUCAGCACCAGUCAAUGAGAAUGUAAGUGUAUCUUGUACUUCCGAUUGUAAACCAGAAUGUAAAUAUGAAUGGAAAAAGCAAGAUGGAGAUGUUAUAUCUACUGGUAAUAUAUUGAAUAUGGUGAAUAUUGAACGAACUAAUGAUGGUACCUACACGUGUACAGCUAGUAAUGAUUAUGGUACAUCAAGUGAAAAUUUUAUCCUGAAUGUUCUUUAUGGACCUGUUAUUGAAUCUGCAAGUAUUGCAGCUGCAAGUAUUGCAUUUGGUAGUAUCCGGAAUGUUACUGCACCAGAGAAAUCUCAUGUGAAUAUAAGUCUCAAAUUAGACAGUAACCCUAAACCUGAUGUUACAUGGAAAAACAACGGUCAACCUAUAAAUAAAAACAAUAUAAAAAUGUUGUGGGAGGGACCGAUAAUAGUCAUAGCUGCAGGUUCUAAGAAAUAUUUAUUUACUAGUACAUUACGUAUAAUAGAUAUCAACUGUAAUGAUAUGGGAAUGUAUAGUGGACGUGUUUCUAACAAUUACGGUUCUAAGACAGUUCAAGAUUUCUACCUUACAGUACUAUGUAGUCCUCAGAUUGAUGAGGAAAGUUAUUUUAAAGAUGAAUUUGCACCAAAUGUUGGAGACAGUGUGGAUAUUAUAUUAAGAGUGGUAGCCUAUCCUGAACCUGUGAUAAAAACUAUAUACCAUAAUGGUAUAUCUCUUCCAAGUACAGCGUUUGAUAUUCAGACCAAUAAUGACAAUACUCGGCCCUAUAUAACUGUGUUUAAGUUGACAAAAACAAACAUUUCUAUCAGUGAUUUGGGUUAUUAUAAUGUUGAAUUUAAUAAUGAUAAUACAGCUGGCAGUGUUAAUAUCACUUUUCAUUUCAAGGAGAGAGGACCUCCAACAGCUCCAAAAAGUCUUAGAGCAACAGAUGUUACAGCAGAAACACUUACACUACACUGGACAUCAGCUUUUGAUGGUGGUGUCAAACAAAUAUUUAAAGUGGGGUAUAAAAAUUUGUACGGAAACUGGACAUUUUAUAAUCAAACUUACAGUGAUCCUGGGGAAGGGUUAACUGUUUCUGCAGAAGUAAAAGGUUUAAGAGAAUUAACAGUGUAUUCGUUCCGUGUUGUGUCUAAAAAUGUAUAUGGUCAAAGUGAUUUUACAGAAGCUAUUAAUGUUACAACUGAAAAAUUAAAUUCAUCAGUAGUUAAUGCUGGUAUGUCAAGUGAUACAGCUAUGUAUAUAGGUAUUGGUGUUUGUGCUGCUGUACUACUACUAAUUAUUAUUGUAGUUAUUAUAGUUUGUAUCAGAAAAAAUAGAAAAACAAAGACAUUUAAGAAGAAAGACAGAUUUUUCAAGCGGUUAAGAGAAAGGUGGCCAAUGAUAGCAGGAGAUCAUAAUGAUAAUAUAACAUGUAAUAAUGAUUUAACGCCUAAAGAAAAUCAUAUUUAUGAAGAUAUACAACCCACAAGUUCCAGAAUAUCACCAUCACGACCAUCAGUGCCACCACCUAAACCUGAACGUACAUUUGAAGAGGAAGUAGAGUUAAGAAAUCAAAAAGAUCCAAUCUGGAAGCCAGCAGAAAGAAAAUUACCUAAAGUAAAUGAAAACACGGAACAUUUACACAAUGCCAGGAAAUCACUGAAACCUGUUGCUAAUAAAGUUGUUCUGAGUUAAAGAUGGAUACUUUUAAUCUCAUUUGAAUUAUGUACAGUGUAAUAAACAAUAAUUGAAACACUUAUAAAUUAAUGGUAAAAAUUGAUUGAUUUAACAAAACACAAUUCUAUGGAUGACAGUUAUUACAAAGAUGAAAUACAUGUCAUCGCACAUUGAAAUUUGUGGUUGUAGUUGAUUUAAUUGUCCUUGGCAAUGUCAUAUAUAUUGCAAAGAUUAUUUGUUUACAUGUGUAUGUAUAUAUAUAUAUAUUUAUAGUAGAAUCUCAUAAUGCAUCCACCAUAUCUUGUGACAAACAGUCUCUAUUCUUUUGUAUUUGAGCAAAGAGAAGCGUUCAGUGAUAAUACAACUAGUCCUGAACUAGCCAUGAUCAAAUUCAUGCCAUGAACCUUUCAUGAUAACAUUCAUAAGUAUCGUGCCAAACAUUUUCAUGGCAUGGUUUUGUUUUGCUGGUUAUAUGGUAAUGUGGAUAAUAUGAUUAACCUAGCCAGUAAAUACAUGUGCUGGGAUACAGGCUAGUUUUGUUCCUAUUUACACUAUCAAUACAUGUAUAUCAAGUAAACGGUACUAAAUCUGGAAUCAGACUACUCGACUAAGUUGAGAUCACGCUGGACGUGGCCCAACCUUAUGAAUAUCAUAAAGGUAGUAGAAGAUCUAAGUUGUAUAUCGAGAGUAGUAUUUGAAUGUGUCUUUUCCAUAUAAGGAUGUGUGUUUCAUCAAAUUCAAGAAAAUGUUUGUUGUCAUAAAAGGACAAAUUAUUCACAGUGAGAAUUGAGUUGCACAAUUUCAGGUCCAGACAGUGUAAAUAUGGUAAAAGAUUGAACAAAUUUAUUCUAGAUCUUAAUAUUAACAUUUCUUUAUAUAUUUUGUGUACAACAAGAGUUAUGUAUUGGUCAAUAUUGCAGUGAAACAAGCUUAAUGCUAAAUACAGCCUUGUGUGCCAAAAAUGUGGCAAUACCAAUUGAGCUUUGAUUAGGUGUAAACACAGCUAUAAUUAUUUAUUAUGAACAUAUUAUUAAUAAUUGUACUUAAAACAUUGUUUUAUUGUUUAUUACUACUUCUCUAGAAUACUUUACUGUUAUAUUGGUCAAUUUUAAUUCAUAACCUCUCUCCAUUAUAAGUAAAUAUUAUCAACAUUUAUUUCUGUAAAUAUUUUCAUUACAAUGCUCAUGUUUAUAAAGUGUUCAACUCAGCUGUUAUACUAGGAGUGUAGCAAUAUAUUUAUAUACUACAAUCUACAAAUACAACAUUAAUAUACUACUCUUUAACUCAUGAAUAACAAAUCCUCUUAUUGUUGUAUUCCAGCAUAACUUGAAUGUUUUGUUCACUCUGAUAGGUUGCCAGAUUAAUAAAGGGAGACAACCAGAUUAUCAGUGUUGAUGACAUCUACUGGGAUAUUGCUGAUAUUUUACACACCUGUGUUUUAAUUAGUUUACAUUGGUCAUUCAGUUUUACCAGGCAAAAGGCAAUCCCCCCAACCCCAAACACUUUGAUUACAUGAAACAAAAAGAUUUGCAUUCACACUGAAGUUAUACUGCCACAACAUUACUCUAAAUCCAUUUUUACCUGACAGUACUCUAUGGCAACAGAGUGUGUAUAUGUGAUAUGUGCAGGCACAGCCCCUCAAUGUUAACACGAUAAAUAGGUCAACACGAUAAAUAGGUCAUUAUACAAUUAUAUUUAUUCCAUGUAGAAAUUGUUUUUUUGCUCAUUAUUAAGUGGUAAAUAAAUAUAAAUGGAUAAUCUUAUAUUGAGUUUUACAGAAGAAAUGUGUAAUAGGUGUGUUGUCACUCCUAGUUUAUACAGCUGACUAAUUGUGAUAAAUAUUCCUUUCUAUAUUAUUUUUAAUUAUUAAAUUGCUCAGUUUCUUCAUUUUAAGUUUCAUACUUUAUUAUUGCUUCUUUUAAUUAUUUUUUUUUUUUAAAAAACACUUGAUAUUACUUACCGGGUAAUAUUUUCCUAAAACACAGUAGUAUUUUUAGCUAAAUAGAUUUUUUUUUUACCAUAAUUGUUUCUAUUAUGAUAUUUUUAUCUUUUUUUAUAUACAAAUGAUUGAUAUAAUUAAAACUAGAAUAUUUCCCUUUUUUACGGUAAUUAUAAUUUAGGGGGUUCUAAUCUAAUCAAUAGAUUCAAUAGAAUAAUUAAUCUUGUUAUAGGUUUACUUAAAGUUAUUGAACAGAAUUUUCUUAUCACUGAUCGAAUAUGAGUAGCCAUGUAUAAUGUUGUUUGGGAGCAAGUAUCAAAUGAAUAGUUGUGUCAUUUAUAAAGGUAUUUCCUAUAUAUUGUUAACUAUUGACUAACAUGUGCCUUGCUUAUUUUAUUGUUAUCAUCUAACCCAUUAUUUUAUAUUUAACCUCAUUUUAUCAUAUUAUCAGGUUUAUACCUAAUUGUUUGUAUUGUUAAUAUCAUCGUUUUAAACAUCAACAGAUGUUUUCACUUUGUCUCAUUUAUGAAAUGUAGAUAGAUGUACAAUAUGUAGAAAUGUCUUGUAUGUAACAGAAAGAAUGCUUUCUUUGCAUCAGUUCAAAUUUUUAUUUUGCACAAAAGGUCGCCAUGUGAAAGAAACAUGAUAUUUUUUCAGUAAAGAAAGGGAAAUGUUAUUUUUAUAAUUUUAUGGUAAGGGUUUGCAAAUUAAAGAGUCAAACUUUGGGCAGCAAGGGGGAAUAUCACUUUAAGGUAAUUCUUGUCUUUGUGAUUAUGUUGGCAAAUUAUUUGGAGAUACGCAAAAUGAAGUUAUUUUAAUAUAGAAUAUAGUACCAUCAGUCCUAAUGAGCUAUAAUUAUAUAUUUAAAAAAAAAAAGACAAAUUAACUAGCAUACCCACUUUAAAAGUAGUAGCAGGUGUUUGAAAAAGAGUUAGCACAAUCUGCAUUAUGUACAACACCUAUCACAGCUAUAAUAGCAUGUAAGUUGGAUAUAUACAGAAUGAUUGAUGUUUGUGAAAUAGAAUUGAGAUGAUAGAAGAUGUAAACAUUUUAUACUUAUGAACAAUAUUCUGAUGAUGAUCAUAGAAUAUUUUAAUGUCGCUUAUCUGGGUAGUUUGCUUGUUAUUAUAAGUAUACCCUUAAAAUGUAGAUCUAUUUUUAAAUUUCUCACAUACUUGUAGAAAUGAAAUCCAUAUCGAGUAGAAAUAUUUUUUGAAUGACCAGUAGAUAGCACCUUUCUUUUACGCAACGACACAUAAAAAACAUUUUUAUGUAUAUUUUUAUAUAUUAUAUUGGAUAUAUAAGUACCUUGGUCAGGGUGAUUGAUAAUAAUUGUAUAUAAAUUUCUACAAGGCUAUAUAUUUGUUAUGUAAUGCUUUCUUUUUUUUUUUUCGAACUGAAAAAUGUGACUGAUGUGGCUGUGUGUCAAUUUUUAAACAUAAUUCAUCAAUGCAUUUAGAAUAUACAUCCAUGUUAGUUGAAUAAGCGCUGAAUAAUAUUAAACAUAAUUUAUUGAUAAAUUUGGAAUAUACAUCCAUGUAAAUUAUAUUAGUGAUUAAUUUUUGAUGAAUGAUAUUAAAUGGUGACAUCGCAAUAGAAAGUGGUAAAUUCUUUUUACUCAGUCUUUAAAUAAAAUGAAGCUAUGCACUCUUAAGAUUACUAUAGAGGUCUAAAAAUGAUGCAACAUUGUUCUUGAAAGAAAACAUGAAUAACAGUCAAUUGUGAACAUCAAUUAACUAAUUAUCAUUCCAUAAGCAUCAUAAACUGCUAAAUCCAACAUUGUUCUUAAAAGAAAACAUGAAUAAAAAGUCAGUGGUGAACAACAAUUGACUAAUUAUCAUUCCAUUAGCAUCUGCUAAAAUACCAAAAAAAUUGCUUAUUGUUUAUCACUUGCAUUCUUACAAAAUAUCUAUAAGAAAUUUUAUUAAGUUAAAUUACUGCACCCACACAGUUUUACAAUCCAUUUCUCUUAGUUACUAUAGUAGGCUUUAGUUUAGGCAUCAGCUUGUGAUCACCAUCAUGUAAUUUUUUAAAAACAAGGAUUAAAAUGGUAAAAACAGCUUUUCAAUAUUUAUCACAUUGGUAGGAAAAUUAUAUUAUAUUUCCUUUAAAUAUCAGAGCCUAAUUUCAGGUUAAACACUUUUUUCACACUGGAUCACUGCACACAUAAAUUACCAUCAUAAACAAAAAUAUUAUGUAAUCUUUAAGUGGCAUUUAGUGGCAUUUAAAAAUAUUAUGGCUGCCAACUUCCUUUAUGUUAAACAGCAAUUCAUCUAUAGUUUUGAAGCAACAAGCUUUGAUAGAAUGCAAACUAAAGAAUUGAAUAUUGGGGCAUAUAUAUUUAUCCAGAUAAAGUUAAUAUGGAAGUUAUAUCUAUGAAUUAUGUUAUAAAAUUGAUAAACAGCUAGUAUUAAACUGUUAUUGUAUAGUAUUAUGAUAUGUACAAUAUUUCAUAAUAAUAAAUUUGUUAUAUUGUAGGUGCUAAUAAAAGCAUGAAACACAA